AUGGAUCAGCAGCAGUGGCGACAGCAACAAGAACCUCAGUAUCCAGAAGCCCCAGUAUUGGGACCAAACGUAGAUCCAACGUCCACGUGUCCCGACUCUACACAAGAUUCCCCUGGAGACGGCGGAUCGAAACCGUCCUUAAACCGAAACGACAUCGUGAAAGCUCUCGAGGUGGUGGAGAGAGACUCCGUGGCCAUUGCUGAGAGCUUCUCUUCUCUCUUCGCUUCUCUCCGCUUGGCACUCUCCGAGAUUACCGAUACCUCUGUAGAUCAUAUGCAAUGCUUUAGUGAUGCUGCAGGCCGUCUCCAGGAAUCAGUACUCGAUGCAGCAACAAAGGGUAACCGAUAUAUAAAUUCAUGUCUCAGAUUAAAUGAGGAAAUGAAAGGCGUUGACAGUCUAGCUGCACAACUAAAAAUGCUGAGGAGGAAUGUAGAUGCUCUAGACACAGCUGUAAACAGGCUCGUCCGUUUUCCAUGAGGUUGACCUGCUCACCCAAUUGGUUACAUCAAUAGCAUGAAGUAUUGUUUUUAAUUUUCUUGGUAUUUAUCUAGAAUUGGUUUUGUGUUAAAAGUUGUGCUGUCAUAGCCACUUUGACAAUGCAGUGAAACAUUGUGAUUUAUGAACAUUGUUAAGUGUUUGC